AUGUCAAGCCCUGUUGAGAAUUGGCUUACUCUCGAUUUCGACAAGAACACUCGUAAGGAAGCUCAAGAGCUCACCCCCGAGGAGAUCCAAGAUCGCUUAAAUCCUGAUCAUCGUAUGGAGUUUGGUACCGCUGGUCUUCGUGGCGAGAUGGGAGCUGGCUUCAACCGUAUCAAUUGUUUGACUGUGAUGCAAGCUGCUCAAGGAUUAUGUAUGCAGUUGAUCGAGAGGUUUGGUGAAGAUGUUCUCUCCCAGAGGGGUGUUGUCUUUGGUUAUGAUGGACGACAUAACUCUCGUCAGUUCGCCCAUGUUGCCUCGGCUGUCUUCAUCACGAAAGGUGCCAAAGUCUACCUUAUCGAUAAGACCAGUGUUACUCCUUCUAAUCCAUUCUUGAUCGUUCAUUUCCAUGCUCUAGCCGGUGGUCAGAUGACGGCUUCUCACAACCCGAAGCAGUACAAUGGUUUUAAAGUGUACGGCGAUAAUGGCGCUCAGAUUAUUCCUCCAGUUGAUGCUGAGAUCGAAGCCAAAAUUGCUGAGAAUUUGGUUCCAUGGAGAGAUGCUUUGGAGUUGUUGGAUUUGGAUACUUGCCUGUUGAAGGACAAGUCCAAGACCAUUGAUCCUUACAAUGAUGCUCUGUACACUUACAUCGAUCAGAUGCAUCACGAGUUGUGUCGAUUCCCCGACCUCAACAAGGACUGCAAUUUGAGGUUCGUCUACACGGCUAUGCAAGGUGUUGGUCUUCCGUUUGCGACCGGUUUGAUGGACAAGUUUGGCUUCCCGAAGAAGUGUGUGUCGAUCGUGGAAGCGCAAGCUCAUCCUGAUCCUGAGUUCUCCACUGUCGCCUUCCCUAAUCCUGAGGAGAAGGGUGCACUCGAUAUGAGCAAGCAACAAGCACUUGAUGAGGAUGCCGAUUAUGUCUUAGCUAAUGAUCCCGAUGCUGAUCGUUUCACCUCUUGUGAGAAGCAGAAGGAUGGAUCAUGGCAUCAGUUCACUGGUGAUGAGCUCGGUACCAUCUUUGGUGAUUGGCAGUUGCUGAUGGCCCAUCGUCGUGGUGUCGAUCCGAAGAACUGUCUCGUCAUCAAUUCUACGGUGUCCUCCAAGAUGCUAAAGGCGUUGUCUGAUUAUUACGGUGGGGUGUAUGAGGAUACCUUGACAGGUUUCAAGUGGAUGGCCAACAAGUCGUUGGAGAUGACCGCUGAGCACCCCAACUUGGUACACUGCACGGCUUACGAGGAGGCAUUAGGAAGUGCCCUCACGAUGAGCGUCCCUGAUAAGGAUGGUAUCAGUGCUUGCAGUGUGUGGUGUGAGAUGGCUAACUACUGGCGUAAGGAGAAAGGUAUCACUCUUCUUGAACGCCUUGAUGAACUUCGUAAGAUGGUUGGUCAUUUCGCUCAACACAAUGGUUACUUCAUCUGUGAUGAUCCCAAGGUUAUGAAGCAGAUGUUCGAUGAGUUCCGUAAUGGUGGUAACUACAAGAGCGAGUUAGGUUCAUCUAAGAUAGCUGAUGUUCGUGAUGUGACUCUUGGUUACGAUUCAAGGAAGGAAGAUAAGAAGUCUACCUUACCUGUGACACCUGAUGCUCAAAUGAUUACUCUCUACUUCGCCGAUGACGCUACUGUUACUAUUCGUGGAUCUGGUACUGAGCCCAAGGUGAAGUAUUACUGUGAGGCUAACGAUAAGGAGAACAUGGAAAAGGCUCAGGCGAAGCUCGAAGUCGUUGUUAAAAAUGUCAUCGACUACUUCCUCCAACCCAAGAAAUACAAUUUGGGUAGUCGAUAA